CCUUCCAUUCUCUGUGUCUCUCUCCAAAAUUAUUUAUUUCCCUCUCUAUCUCUCCUCAAAUAAUUGAUAAUUCUUUUUUUUCUUCUUUUUUUUUUGCUUAAAUCCCAAUAGUCCUCUUUUUAUCAUUUAAUUCAAUUUUUUCAUUAAUUCUUGAGAAAUUUCUUUUGAGAGGGAAACAAACAUUCUACUAAAACAGAGUAUCUCUGUUUCCUGUUUAGUGCUAUGAUGAAGAAAACAAAUUGCAAUAAUUAUACUUCUAAUAACAAUAAUAAUAAUAAUAAUAAUAAUAAUCAGAAUAAUGUUGGGAAAAUGGGAGGUUUGGAAUGGGAAAUGAGGCCAGGAGGAAUGUUCGUUCAAAAGAGAAACUUGGAUUCCAAUAGAAAUUACUCCAUUCCCAUUCCUACAAUCAAGGUCUUGGUGAAAUUUAACUCUUCUUACCAUGAAAUCCACAUCAAUUCUCAUGCAAGUUUUGGGGAAUUGAAGAAAAGGUUAGCACAAGUAACAGGUUUACACCCACAAGAUCAAAAGCUUAUCUUCAAAGAAAAGGAAAGGGAAUCAAGAUCAUUCCUUGAUGUUAGUGGAGUUAAAGAUGGAUCAAGGAUUAUUCUUGUACAAGAUAUAAUCAACCAAGAGAAUAGAUUCAUCGAAUCGAGGCGAAAUUCGAACAUUGAAAGAGCUAUGAAAUCAGUAGCAGAGGUCUCCAUAGAAGUUGAUAAGCUUGCUUGCCAGGUGACAUCAAUGGAAUCCGUAAUCUGUAAAGGUGGGAGAGUUGCUGAUAAAGAAUUGUUGACUUUGAUUGAGUUAUUGAUGGCUCAAAUGAUAAAAUUGGAUGGAAUUAUUGCUGAUGGAGAUGUAAAGUUGAAAAGGAAAACACAGGUUGUUCGGAUUCAAAAAUAUAUCGACAGUCUCGAUCGAAUGAAGGCUCAAAAUAAGGUGGCUAGUAGGUACGGUGGUGGUCAAGUUGGGUUAGUCGUGUCACAACAACAACAAAGACCAUUUAUAAUGCAACAACAAAGAGAGCAAAAGAAUUUCUCCAAUGGACUUAUGUUGACAUCCAAAUGGGAGAAAUAUUGAUGAUUAGGAGCUUGAUAUAAAAUUUAUACACAUAUUAGUAAUGGAUUAUGGUAUUGUUAAGCAUGUUGUUGGUGAAAUCAAAACGAUGUGCUUCUUGGAAGAAUGCCAAUGUAUAUAUAGCUAAUAUAAAUAGCCUUAGUUGUAGUAGUUAAGGACUUAAGGUAUGAAAUUGCCAUUUUGGCUGUUUCUAGCCAUAGGAAAUAUUUGUAAUACCACGUAGGCAUGUAGUAUUAUCCACCAAUUCCUCUGUUAUUUUAUUUUUUUUCUCAA